CCGGUCUCCAGCCCCUUACACACUGGUAACUACGCGCCGCUUUCCACACAGUCUGUAGGUGCUGGCAUUAAUGGCCGCCCUGGCAACGAGCUAGACGGCGAUUCGGCUGAUUCGGGUCGCGGCGGCAGUGAAGACGAUCCCAAUGGAGGAUUUGGACACCAUUUACACUAUCACCACCAUCCCCAUCAUCAGCAUCAAUAUCACAGUAUUCAACAACAACAGCAACAUAACCCUCACAGUGUUCAGGUUCAGUAUCAUGCUUAUCAACCCUAUUCAUACUAUUAUGGUCAAGGUGCCGAUGGCGGCCUUGUCUAUGGUCAGAUUAAGACGGCACUUGGACAAGGCUAUCCACAUGAAGACGGUACGGCCGGCCCUGGUGACCUCGGGAAAACUGAUAUGGACGUCGCAUACCAUAGCGAACGAAUGCCAACUCUACUGUACACUCUACAUGAUCCUCAGCAACUCAACGCUAUACCUUCAUCUUCUUCUCCAUGUGACGAAGAACUCCCUUUUGCCGGUGCGUCCUCUGUGAAUUGUGCAACAAGCUCCGGGCAAGCCAAUCGACUAACCUAUGAGGAAGAGAUUGACGACAAAGGCCGGGAUGGGAUAGCUGGGGAUUACGGAUCCAGUAAUUUAGCCGAAUCCGGUGUAGGUGCUCGUAUGGACACCCUUUUCUAUCGGCAACAGGCUCAUCAGCUGACACCAGGAGGGCUUGAGGUUGGUACGACGGCAACCACCUCGGCAUCAAUUACCAACUUUCCUAAUUUGCUUGUAGAACACUCUAGCAACAGCAGAUCGGGUGGUAUGCCACUUGGUAUGCUGCCAAGACGACCUAAGUUCUGA